AGAACAUGUCCCUCUCAGAGGGCCUCCUUCACCUAUCUCCAGAAGAGGAGAAGAGGAAACACAGGAAGAAGCGCCUGGUGCACAGCCCCAACUCCUACUCCAUGGACGGGAAGUGCCCAGGACGCUACAAAAUCACCACCAUCUUUAGCCAGGCACAAACACUAGUUUUGUGUGUUGGCUGCUCCAUUUUCCUUGGCCAGCCUACAGGAGGAAAAGCAAGGCUCACAGAAGGAUGCUUCUUCAGACGGAAGCAGCAUGAAAAGCACCUUGACUCAAGAUGAGUGGGAAACUAUCCCAAUAAACACAUUUUGGAU